AUGCACCACCUGGUUAAUUCCGACCCGAACGACCCCACGGCUGGUCCAUUAAGCCCUGAACCCUUGUUUCUUAAUCUUCAAGCUUGCAUCAUGAAAAAAUUAGACCCCAAAGUUAAAGCCAAACGACAAAUGGAAUGGCUAGCAACGGGCAAAAGCCAUAACGAAGAAUCCAAAGGAGAAGAGGCACACAUUGGAGCUGUGUCUGAUCUUAAAUCAAGAAAAACUGAAAACGCCAAAAGCUCCCUGCCUCCACCGACCCAGGCGGAGGAAACCCAGCCAAUGGUAGUGGUGCGGGAGACAGACAUAGAUUGUAAUGACAAAGAAACGAAAAGGUUAAGGAAGAGAGAAAACGAGAGACGGACCAUCGGUGCUGGACCUGAAAUGAAAUAUCCCUCGUUGAUGCCUCACCAUCGUCCAACAUGUCACGACAAUGAGGCAGGCAAAUUAAUUAGAGAGAAAGUAAACGCCGCCAUUCUCUAUCAUUUAAUGGACGCAACGGCUCCACAGCUCGUCUACGGCGGAAUCCAGCCACGUCGUUGCCACCACAACUACCACGCAUUGCCAAAUAGAAUUCCGGUUCGAAGACCAACCAACCGGGUGUUUGCUGUUGCCACCGAACCGAAACCAACACAAGCUGGAACCGCUAAAUCAUCAUCGCAAUCAUCCUCUUCUCCAAACACUGUUAAUGGCUCAUCCAGUUCCCCUCCGUCUAAGCCUGUUAACGGCGUUUCCACUAAAUUCUCAACGUCAAAACCGGUCAACGGUGUCUCUACUAGGAUGGGAGAAGUGUCGCAGGAGAUAAAAAGGGUGAGGGCACAAAUGGAAGAAAAUGAAGACUUGGCAAUACUAAUGAGAGGACUUCGAGGCCAAAAUUUAAGAGAUACUCAGUUUGCCGAUGACAAUAUCAAGCUUCGUCUGGUUGAGGUAGAUGAAAGCAGUGAGUUUUUGCCAUUGGUGUAUGAUCCUGCUAGCAUCUCUGCUUACUGGGGAAAACGACCACGUGCAGUUGCAACUCGAGCUGUCCAGUUACUUUCUGUUGCUGGGGGUUUUCUCUCUCGUCUUGCUUGGGAUGUGAUAAACAAGAAAGUCAAGGAGAAUGAAGUUGCUAGAGCAAUCGAACUAAGGGAAAUUGUAACCUCUUUGGGUCCAGCUUAUAUAAAACUUGGUCAAGCAUUGAGUAUUCGACCAGAUAUAUUGUCACCCGUUGCAAUGGUUGAGCUACAAAAACUUUGUGAUAAGGUUCCUUCAUUUCCAGAUGAUGUGGCAAUGGCUCUUCUAGAAGAGGAGCUUGGUCAGCCAUGGCAGGACAUCUAUUCUGAACUUUCUCCAUCCCCAAUAGCUGCUGCAUCUCUUGGUCAGGUAUACAAGGGUCGGCUGAAGGAAAAUGGAGACCUAGUGGCUGUCAAAGUACAGAGACCUUUUGUUCUUGAGACAGUAACAGUUGAUCUAUUCAUCAUAAGGAAUUUGGGUUUGGCUCUCCGAAAGUUUCCUCAGAUCUCGGUAGAUGUAGUUGGGUUGGUUGAUGAAUGGGCUGCUCGUUUCUUUGAGGAACUAGAUUAUGUUAAUGAAGGUGGAAAUGGAUCACUAUUUGCUGAAAUGAUGAGGAAGGACCUUCCACAGGUUAUUGUGCCAAAGACCUACGAGAAGUAUACUACAAGAAAAGUUCUUACUACAGGGUGGGUUGAGGGAGAAAAGCUCUCACAAAGUACUGAGAGUGAUGUUGGAGAACUUGUUAAUGUUGGAGUCAUAUGCUACCUGAAGCAGCUACUUGAUACCGGCUUUUUCCAUGCUGACCCUCAUCCUGGGAAUUUGAUCCGCACUCCAGAUGGGAAGCUAGCCAUACUUGAUUUUGGGCUAGUCACAAAAUUAACGGAUGAUCAAAAAUAUGGAAUGAUUGAAGCAAUUGCUCACCUCAUCCAUCGCGACUAUGGAGCCAUUGUCAAAGAUUUCGUCAAACUUGGUUUCAUUCCUGAGGGGGUUAAUUUGGAACCUAUCAUGCCAGUCCUGGCUAAGGUUUUUGAUCAAGCACUUGAAGGUGGAGGAGCAAAAAAUAUUAACUUUCAGGAGCUAGCAUCUGAUCUGGCACAAAUAACAUUUGAUUAUCCAUUUAGAAUACCCCCUUAUUUUGCCCUCAUUAUUAGGGCAAUAGGCGUUCUGGAAGGCAUAGCAUUAGUUGGGAAUUCUGAAUUUGCUAUUGUAGACGAGGCCUAUCCAUAUAUUGCACAGAGGCUCCUCACUGAUGAGUCCCCUCGCCUAAGGAAUGCUUUACGCUACACAAUUUACGGGAAAUCUGGUGUUUUUGAUGCUGAAAGAUUCAUUGAUGUCAUGCAAGCCUUUGAAAAUUUCAUCACUGCAGCAAAAAGUGGAGGCGGAGAGAGUAUGAGUGGGGAUAUGGCUGGACUUGGAAUGCUUCAAAGUCAAACAGGUUAUAUCUUUCCUGGAUUUCCCUCAAGUGCCUCUCAAUCCAGGCAGCCAAUUCAAACAAGGGCAGCCUUAGCAUUCCUUCUUUCUGAGAAGGGGAACUUUUUCCGAGAAUUUCUAUUAGAUGAGAUUGUAAAGGGCAUUGAUGCUGUUGCAAGGGAACAGUUGGUACAAAUUAUGGCAAUCCUUGGCAUGGGAAAUGCUGCCCCAAUUUUUAGCAUGGUUCCUGCACCCUUUAAGCCUGCGGCACUUUUGCCAACGAUAACUGAGGAGGACAAAGUUAUCUUGAAUAAUGUUCAGAAAGUUGUUGAAUUCUUAACCGAGGGAACUUCAAUAUCGAGUACAUCAACUCAGGCAAUAGAAUAUGCUCAGCUCCAAGCCAAAGAGGGUGUAAAUGUUGCUCGGAUUGCACAAGAACUUCUUCCAGUUUUGCCAGGUAUCACAGCCACAAUACUUCCUGAGGUCUUUAGUCGGCUUUCUUCUCGUAUAGCAGCACGCAUAAUUCGAGAUGCACUUUUGCAGCUGUAA